AUGCUGUCCGUGGACGGGUAGCUCAUUGUCAGGACAGCAGCAGGGCGAGAGCGGAGCAGAGUAGCCAGAGAGAUAGGUACAGGAGCUGGUACCUCAGCCUAAUACACAGCUACUGCACUACUGCAACAGUACAGAGGAGAGGACAGACAGGCUGAGCUACACUGAGCUGGUAAAUGAUGGACACAGAUGUCCUAGGUUUCAGACCAGACAGGAGGAGUCCUCUUAGGGAAGACCUGAGACCUGUCUCUCACCCCAGUCUUUACCUGAGCCAAUCUCCACUCUACCUGAACCCCCCCAAACGCUCCCUCUCCCUGACCAGAGAGGCCUACAGCACCACCUUCAGCCCUCUGACUCACCAUCUCCCUAUGGGCCUUGAGGGUAUUCAUUACACCCAGAGCGAAGGCUCCCAAAAACGCAAAAGAACUCCACUCAAAAUGGAGGGUUCCGAAUCCCCCACUCCUGGAGACAUGGAGGAGGUGGAGCGUCGAGGCAACACCAGGACUGUUGAUCUCUCCCACCGUCCGUUCUCCCUCCCUUCUCAUCCGCGUCUCUCUCCCUCUCCCAUGCCCAUCCCAGGUAUGAUCGACCUGACCCGGCUCCAGCUGCACAGCAGGGCUCGGUCCAGGUAUGAUCCACCUAUGGGCCUCGCAGUGCAGGUGAAACAGGAACCAAUCAGCCCCUCACCUCUGUGGCCUCCCUCUCCUCUCCUCCUGCACCACCCUCCUCCCCCAUUCUUUCCCUCUCUCCACCCCAGCCUCCUCCCCUUCCCCUUUUUCAUGCCUGGGCCUGUCAUGCACCUCUCUCCUGGAGCCUUCUACCCCAGAGAGGCCCUCAGACCUAGUCGGUGUGGCCCAGACAGAGGCCCUCGAGGUGGGAUGACCAGCGCUGAGAAGCUAGGUCUCAACAUCCACAUUGACGACAGCUACUACGUAGACGUAGGGGGAGACCAGAAGCGUUGGAAAUGCCGUAUGUGUGAGAAGUCAUACACCUCCAAGUAUAACCUGGUCACACACAUCCUGGGCCACAGCGGGCUCAAGCCUCACGGCUGCCACCUGUGUGGCAAGCUGUUCAAGCAGCUAAGCCACCUGCACACCCACCUUCUUACCCACCAGGGCACAAGGCCACACAAGUGCCAGGUGUGCCACAAAGCCUUCACCCAGACCAGCCACCUGAAGAGACACAUGAUGCAGCAUAGUGAUGUGAAGCCAUACAGUUGUGGGGUGUGUGGGAGGGGCUUUGCCUAUCCUAGUGAGCUGCGGGCCCAUGAGCUGAAGCAUGAGAAGGGCCAGGAGAACAUAUGUGUAGAGUGUGGUCUAGACUUCCCCACUCUGGCCCAGCUCAAGAGACACCUGACGGCCCACAGAGGACCCACCCUCUACAGGUGUAGUGAGUGCCAGAAGAGCUUCCAGUACCCCAGUCAACUGCAGAACCACAUGAUGAAGCACAAAGACAUCCGGCCAUACAUCUGCAGCGAGUGUGGCAUGGAGUUCAUACAGUCCCAUCACCUCAAACAGCACACACUCACACAUAAAGGGGUGAAGGAGCACAAGUGUCGUAUCUGUGGUCGUGAGUUCACCCUUCUGGCCAACAUGAAGCGUCACAUCCUGAUCCAUACUAACAUCCGAGCCUACCAGUGCCACCUCUGCUUCAAGAGCUUUGUCCAGAAACAGACCCUCAAGGCCCACAUGAUCGUCCACUCUGACAUCAAACCCUACAAAUGCAAGCUGUGUGGGAAGGAGUUCAACAGAAUGCAUAACCUUAUGGGCCAUAUGCACCUGCACUCUGACAGUAGGCCCUUUAAGUGCCUCUACUGCCCCAGCAAGUUCACUCUGAAGGGAAAUCUCACCCGCCACAUGAAAGUCAAACAUGGGAUCAUGGAUAGGGGCCUGGAUGCAAGAGUGUCCAGGCGGCAGGGGCGCUUCUGCCUGUCGGCCCCUCUGGGCCUCCUGACCCGUUACAGCCAGGAAGAGCCCUUUGACCUCUCCCAGAAGCCCAGGCGGCCGCGGCCCUGCCUGCGCCUCUCCCAGUCGGACGGGGAGAGCGUCCCGGGGAGCUCCUGUCAGGACGAGGAUGAGGAGGAGAGCCUGUACAGGAGGAGCCAGUACAGCCCUGAGGUCUACCAACACCACACUGGGGGACAGGCGUACAGGUCUGAGACAACUAAACAGAUGUAUAGACAGGACAUGGAGACUAGUGGACAGGUGUACCCGCCUGGGGCAGAUGGUGAGGUUUAUCAGCCUGUUUCAGAGCCAGGUGAUGCAGAUAAGCAGUUGUACCAAUGUGUGACAGGUAGACAGGUGUUUGACUCUGACUCAGAGCUAGGUGACCAGCUGUACCAACCUAACCUAGAAUUAGGUGACCAGAUGUAUGAAACGGAGUCAGAGGCAGGUGAACACCACAUAGGUGGCAAGCUGUGUUACCCACAGUCAGGUAAUACAGGUGAACAUACGUACCACUCAGAUUCCGAGGUAGGUUGCCAGUCGUAUCAGCCUGACCCAGACCAGCUAGAGAUAGGUGACCAGGUGUACCAUUCUGAUCCAGGCGAGGAGAUGAUGGACACACCUGAACCAUGUGAAAAAGACUACCACUCAGACCCUGGUGUCUUAACAAAAACCAUAGGGACUGAUGAGGAGGAAGAGGAGGAUUUGGUGAGAGCUGGGAGCAGGGUAGAGGAAGAACAGAGAAAGCAGUUUAGACGUUAUCUUAGCAGGGAAGAAUACAGACGUGUAAGGAGUUAUAACGAUAGUAAGAGUUCCUCUUCUACAGAGUAGUGACAAGAGGAGUAAGAGUAGUGAAUAGGCUACUGUGCUGAAGAGAAGAGGGUUGAGAGCUAUUGUAAAAGGGUGGGGAAAGAAUUGAGUAGUAACUCGAAUAAGCCACUGGCGUAGCACACGCUCCCGCAAGACCUCAGAGAUAAUGUUUGCUUUAUAAGUGUUGUUUUAAAUCUAGAAAAACAUGCCAAAUUGCUAACAAAAUUAGCCCUGUAGCAUUUCAUAUUGCUAUAAAACAAAACAAAAAUAAGUUUGGAAUUUGUAUGACAUAUUUGAAUAAUCAAAUGUUAGAAUUCAACAAUGAAGGCUUUUAAACACUUGCUGGACAAUAAUUGUAAAAAUAAAAGGUAUUUUAUGGUGUCUGACGGAGUUGAACCCAGUUAGUUGCAUUUUACAUCUUUCAAGAUGUAAAAUAGCAACGUUUUCUCACAGCCCAAUUGGCAAAAUGUGUAAAAUAGCAUGCGAUUAACUAAUAAGCUGUGAAGUGUAUUGUAUUUCAGGCUGGUAGAACGGACAAUACAUAUGCAUGUGAAAAGAUGUGUCUUAAAGAAAAGCUUAGUUGAAAUCAGGGUGAAAUUGUGCUGUAAAUAAAAUUCAAUUGUUUUGAAAAUAUAUUUUUUCUAAAUUGUUACUUUUGAACUAGUACUUGUCAAUCUAUAAUUAAUUAGCAUGGGAUUACAAUGUGAUAACAGUUAUUUCUCUUUUUUUAAUGCUAGUUUCAAAUGCUCUUCUACUGGAAGCUUUAAUAGGUCUGUAAAUUAUGUUGUUUGUUGUGUGAUAUAAUGAACGAACAAAAGUAAUCUCAUCUAAUGAGAGACUUUGAAAUGAAUAAAAGUGCUGUAAGAAUUAAGAAUUUUUUGGGGGGAGAUUUGUGUAGAGGAAAGUAAUGAGAAGGCACACCACAGCCCACUAAGCACUGACCAACGGAGACGUCUUAUGGACGUCUUUUUUUGGUCGUGUCUGGGCUGGCCGCCUUUUUUGGUGCGGUCCGGACUGGCCUUGAUUUCAACAUCCACAGACGUAGAUUUUUGGUCUGUACCAGACCAAAUCUGAACCAAUUAUAGACGUCCAUGCUUGGUUCAGAUUUGAUCUGGUCCGGACCAACCUUAAUUUGUCUCAAACAUAGACAUCUAUGAUUGGUUCAGAUUAGGUCCGGUACUGAACCAAUCAUGCUCUACUGUACUGAACUGUGCCGUACUGUACUGUGCUGUUCAAACUUGUGAAACAUAGUCUAAAUGGCUAUGAUUCGUUCAGAUUUCGACCAGCCUUGAUUCAUUCAGAUUUUUACUUGUUUGGGGGCGGAGCUCAUGAUAAUAAUACCCAGCAUGCUCUGCAAGAUUGUGUGUAAUGUGUGUAUUGUUGUG